AUGCCUGAGGUGAAGGCUCACUUGGAUAAGGGAUACAUCGAACUACUACAGCUGAAAUUUCCCGGAAGACCACAGGUCACGUUCUCCUUUUUUCUGCGCGACAGGGAUCACCGAGUGAGAGUGCUCUGUAAAGUCAAGUCUGACAAACGAACGGCGUACAGCAGCACCGUCAUUACGUCGCUGCUUAUCCAUCGGGAGGGAUCGUGCCUUAUGCUUUGCCACCCAUCCAGUGGUGAGGAAGACCGUGUCGCAUGGGCGAAUCUACAAUUCAGCACCCUCGAGUACAUGGUAUUGUUCUUCUGUACAUUCAUCGCUUUACGUGGUCAGGACUCGUCCGACCCCGUUUCCCGUAUCAAGGAUUACCAACUGGACGGCGAAGAGCUUGUUUUCUCAGGCGAGACAAUAGAUAACCAUUACAUCCAUGCUUUACACAUAUACGUUGACACUAGCACAAGAGCCGUUCGACUGCACGCAACCGUUCUGCACGGCGAACUGAAACAUGUUCCGGUAUGGACCGCUUUUAUACAUCAGUACAUGAAGCGGCCUCGUUCUUGGAUGCGACAUGUCGAGCAGGAGGUAAUUUACCUCACCGAACUACAACCUACCGUCUUCAUCAACUCGGAUGAAUAUAAACCCUCCACUACAGCGCGAGGAGAGCAUAUUAUAACUUUUACUUCGUCAGAAGAUGCCGUCAUGUUCAUGGAAUCCAUCAAUGAGAUCUCGCACGUUCUUCGUAAAAAGUGA